AUGAGUACACUUAAAGAAGCUCUGGAAGCAAAGGAGACGUCAGAAGCAUUGAACACUCUGACUUUUGCGGUUCCGGCAGCCGAUUCCCAAUGUUCUACAGAGCUUCUACUUCAGACUCCGCAACGCCUCUUGGGUGUUCCCAGCAGCGAUACUCCAUUUACAUUCUCCUCUGCAUCACAGCAAGGCGACGAGCAGACUCGGAAGCUUGUUGACCAUAGGGUUUGGGAGGAGAUCCGAACCAGUACAUAUCGGGAUGCAAAAGGAUUCCACCAGAAAUACUUUGAGGAUAAGGACUGGUCGGGUCGUGCGCAGGCCGUGUGCGAGUCGAUCAAGACACAACACAUCGACAAUAAAUGGGUGAAUCUGAAUGAUUCACCUAAUCAAACCCAAAUAUUAGAUUGGAUAUUCGCACUGCAAAACAAUCAUCUCUCUGAAGAGCAACGUCAUUACUGUUCAACAAACUCUACAAAAGAAAUUACUGGUGGCGAGGUAUAUCGGCAGAUCGAUUUAGUUGUCAGGAGAAAGAAUAGAGAGCCAUCAGACGCAGAGUGUCUCCGAAAAGACAUCGCGGUUAUUGGUGAGCUCAAGGCAUCUAAUCAUGAUGGUGUCAAAAAGCCACUGAUACAACUAGCGGUAUACGCCCGAGACGUAUUCGCCAAUCAACCAACACGCCGCUAUCUUCACGCGUUUACUAUAUGCGGGAAUAAAAUGGAGUUAUGGGUAUUUGAUCGCUCAGGAUGCUACAGCCCUGGCCCAUUCAAUAUCCACGAGCACCCAGACCGAUUUAUUCGAGUGCUUUCAGGCUAUAUCAUGAUGAAUGACGACGACCUGGGUCUUGAUACGUUCAUAAAGCGAGAGAGCGACUCUUACUUUAUGAGUAUUGACGGCAGUGGGUGUAAGAGACAGAGGUUACAGCUAAACCCAGUGCCUCUCACCCACCAGCGAGCGAUUGUCUCCCGUGCGACAUCCUGCUUUCUCGCAAAGCAUCCAGAAUCCAAUGACUAUGAUCAUGUUGCCAAGUUUUCUUGGCCCUCCAGUCAGCGGAAAUCGGAGAUAGAUUUCUUCAAUAUAGCCGACCAGAGAGGAGUCCAAGGCAUUGCUAGACUGAUUGGCCAUUACGAUAUCACCAACAUCGAUGACAUACGCUCAGGCAUAACAUUCACAAAACGCUAUUCGUUCAAAGGCACCGCCAGCGGCGUUUCUUCCUUCUCACGAUUACUUUUCCAACCUCAACACUCGCUUAAAAGGAACCGUAGCAGCACAGAGAUUGCUACUAAGCGUUCUAUGAAGCGUAAGUUAGUCGAUGAGAACCUAAAACCCAAACGAUCCAGGUUUCAAAGUCAGCGAUCGGAUCUGCAAAAUGAGGUCACAUAUCUCGCCAGGGAGAGCUAUGGAUCUCGUUCAAUCGGGUCCAGUGACAGUCUAUUUGAUAACCGCACUUUUCGCUGUCUCGUAUUCUCUCCUGCAGGUCGGCCGAUCUACCAAUACCAAUCCCCUCUGGAGUUGCUAGAAGCGCUUUGCGAUGGUAUCAAGGCUCAUCAGUCUCUAUAUUCCAAGGGAAACAUCCUUCACCGCGAUAUCUCUGAAAAUAAUAUCAUCAUAACUGAUCUAAAAAAGGACGGUUUCUCAGGCAUACUGAUUGACUUGGACCUUGCCAAGGAGCUUGGCAGCGGACGGAGCGGCGCACGUUGCCGCACGGGCAGAAUGGAGUUUAUGGCUAUCGAAGUGCUACGAGAUACUGACCACACUUAUCGGCACGAUCUUGAGUCUUUCCUUUACGUUUUGCUUUGGCAGUGUAUUCGUCGUGGUUGGGAGUUUGUGGGGCGUACUCUUUCGAAGCCAAGUCAGCUCACAGGUUGGUAUACCGGCACGUUUGAGGAUAUAGCAAGAAAUAAGCAAGGAAACAUGGAUGAAAUUGCAUUUGAAAAAUUGCGAUCAAUCUUAUUCCCUAUCAAGGGAGAUGCGUUAUUCACCAGGACGCCAUCGGACUCAAGCGAUUUAUACGGACCAAUGGUUAACGCGUUUGGCGAAAUGAUUGCUCGUAUGAUGAGCUGA